UUAUUAAUCUUUGUCUAAACUACUCACUCUCCCGGCCGACGCAAACACAUGGAACUAGCUAGUUUACACCUUACACACGCUAUUGCCUUAUACCACCAUUAUUGGCUUGCAGAUCGAGAUGAUCUUGAAAGGAAGCGAUUUGCAAAUGCCAUGCUUAACGCUAUUUACAAAGGGAAGUUUUGGGAAGUAAGCGACUUAUUUAAAAGCAACCCAGAUGCAAUAUCUACAAGAUUUGAAAAUGGAAAAAGUGCUCUUCACGUUGCAAUUACUGCUGGUCAGCUAAGGGUUGCUAAAGAAUUGAUCACUAUUACUGCUACUGAAGCAAACAGUCACCAAUUGAAGAUAAAAGAUGAGAGUGGCAACACAGCUCUUUCCUUUGCUGCUUGUAGUGGAAUGAUGGAAAUUGCAAAAUGCUUGAUUGAAAAGAACAAGGACUUGCUUAAUAUCCCAGAUGGCCACGAUAGGCUCCCGGUUCAAUUGGCUUGCAGGGCAGGCCAUGAGGACAUGACUCGCUACCUCUACCGCAAUACCCCGAGCGAACGUCUAAGGGGAGACAAUGGCUUCUACCUCCUCAAAGAGUGUAUAACUAAGAAAAUGUUUGGUACAAGAGUGAAAGUGGAUAAAGGAAGUGUUCUAUCUGAUAGUGUUGGCAGUGUUGGCAGUGUUGCACCUCGACGAAAAGCAACGAAGAUAUAUGAUUUAAAGUUGAUGGAUGCAAUUGCCCGUGAGAUUGUGCAUUUUAUAUGUCGAAGAUUAUCAGCUUUGGAUGAGGAUGAAUUUGUGCAAAGUGGAGCAGUGGAAGCAACCUUUCAAGCUAUCAAGAAUGGCAUCCCUGAGAUUGCAAUAGAAAUUGCAAAAGUUAAUACAAAUAUAUUAUGGAACGGUACUGAUCCUGAAGAUUCAAGGAACAUGUUUGCAUGUGCCAUAGCACAUCGUCAAGAGGAAGUGGCACAAUUUCUUUAUGAAUUUAAUGCAAGAAUUAGUGCAGCUUUGCAGUUGCAAAGUGAGCUACGCUGGUUCCAGGCAGUGGAAGGCAUUGUUCCACAGUUCUACAACCAUCAAAAAAAUCAUGAUGGUGAAACUCCUUCCGAAGUGUUUGUUCAGGAACACAAGCAGUUGCUAAAAGACGCGGAAGAAUGGAUGCAGAAAACUGCAGAAUCCUCUACAUUCGUAGGUGCUCUAAUCAUUACAAUUAUGUUUGCUGUGGCUUUUACUGUUCCUGGUGGGAAUGAUCAAAAUACAGGCUUCCCAAUAUUUUUGAACAAAACAGCAGUCUCUUCUACAGUACCUUCUCCAACCGUGCCGUUCAUGGUAUUUGUAGUAUCAGAUGCAAUUUCUCUUUUUGCUGCAUCUAGUUCGGUGCUAAUGUUUUUGGGGAUUCUUACUUCACGUUAUGGUUAUGACGAUUUCCUUAAAUCCUUGCCCGUGAAGUUGAUUGUUGGCAUUUCUUCACUCUUCAUCUCUAUUGCAGCAAUGAUGGUAGCAUUUUGUGUUGCUCUUUUCAUUAUGCUACAAGGUCGAUUGUGGAUAAUCAUACCAGUAACUUUGUUUGCUGGUGUUCCAGUCAUUAUCUUUGUACUGUUGCAGUUUCCUUUUCUCAAAGAGCUUUGUACUUCGACAUUUAGACCAGGCAUCUUUGAUAGGAAAAGAACAACAGCUGAGGAAAAGGAAGAGAUUAAAGGAAUUAUCCUAUCACUCCAACAACCGGUUCUGGCUAUCUAAACUUGAUCCACGACUCAGGGAUGUUAUAACUCAAAGAUUGAUGUUCUGUCAUUUUAAGUCUAGUAAGUAGACGAGUGUGUGCUCUAUAUGUAUUGUAACUGCAAGAAACAUUUGGUGGAUGU